AUGCUGGUGACGUGCAUGAGACUGACACGCUCCAUCUUCUUGGUGUACGCAGGACUCUUUUUCCUCACGAGUCUAUCUGCUUGUAUCGCUGCUGCGACAGAAUGGACGCAAGACUCGUUCUCCAAGAUCAUGGAGCUCGGAGGUGCGGUGGGUCUCCUAAACCUUGAGAUCAAGGCAACACCUGCCGAGAUUGGUACAAAUGGUGUUGCAACAUACCUUCUAUACCUCACUAAGUACGAGCAUGAACAUUUAUCGAUGCUUACAGCAUCGCUGGUGCAAGAGGAUGACGACAGUCAAGAACUGGACCUCGAAAUCACUCCUUUGGGUGCAUUGGAAUUUGACCAUGAUACGAUCCAGUAUGCCAUCGAUGUACCCAUGGAGAAGGUAAAAGCAGUGAAUUUACUAGUAAACGCUGUGUUUUUGCACAUUACAUCGCCGUUGCCGAAAGAGUUGGAACAGGGCGAGCACCAAAUGCUGCUAUGGAACGGUGAUGCCGAGCCACGCACGCCAUACGCUACGUCGUCUGCGUCUGUCUCAAUACGCACACCUGACCCUAUUAUCACUAUUGAUUCUUCUGUGGGAUCUAAGCGUAAUGACAACACUGUCGAGUUUGGUCCGUUCAACGAUGUCCGUGCUUACACGCUGGAGUCUCAACCUGUUGCUCAAGGACGCGUUCACUUUACUUACAGCAGACCUGUCAUUGCAUUCGUGGACUACAAACGACAUGUUGAAGUUAGCCACUGGGGUGAUAAUAUGGCAACACAAGAUUCCAUUUUGUUGCGCAACGUCGGGCCCAAACUCAAGGGCCAUUUCAGCCGCUCCCUGCACAUGAUCAACAUGCACAUGAAUCCAUUGGCUGAAAGAGUUUCGCAGGUUCAAUCUCUUCCGCUUUAUCUCCCCUCUGGCGCAAAAGAUGUGUACUUCGUUGAUGCAACAGGCAAUGUGUCGACUUCAUCCUUGUCACCGACACCCAAAAUGCUAGGUAUGCCACGCCGUUUAGAUAUCCGACCACGCUUUCCUGUGCUUGGUGGGUGGAACUAUUCAUUUACUGUUGGCUGGAAUGAGCGGAUGAGCCAGCACGGUAUUGCUCGUUGGAAUCCAGCAAAACCUUGGCGUACGCGCAUUGCCGUUCCGUUUCUGAUUUCCCCCAAGACAGCCGCCAUUGAUGUGGCUAAUCUCACGAUUGCUCUUCCUGAGGGUGCAACCGAUAUUCAAGUAAUGCUGCCCUUCCAGGUAGACUCGAUGGAGACCAGCACGUAUCCAACGUACCUGGACACAGUGGGACGCCCUAUCGUAUCUAUUUCGCGCGCGAAAUGCUCUUUCAUGAACAGCAAAGUCGUAUUUGUGGAAUACACUUUGCCUUUAUCAAGCUAUGCCCGCAAACCGUUGUGUGUGGCUCUAGCUGUCCUGCUAGUGUUCUUCGCAUCGGCCUUUGUGAGUCGUCAAGUGACUCCAACACAGCACAUGAAAUAA